AAAAACAUACACACCUCGACAAAACACAAAGUUAAACAAUGUUGCAAACCAACACCUCCUUAACCUUUAAGGUUCGUAGACAAGCACCCGAGCUAAUAACUCCAGCGGUACCUACACCUCGAGAACUUAAGCUACUAUCUGACAUUGAUGAUCAAAAUGAGCAUCGGUACCAGGUUCCAACAAUUCAAUUUUUUCCUAGGAAUCCCGAAAUGGAAGAUAAAAACCCCGCGGCUGUGAUCAGGGAAGCUUUGGCCAAGGUGCUAGUGUUUUACUACCCUUUUGCUGGCAGGCUAAGGGAAGGUUCGGGAAGGAAACUUAUGGUGGACUGCACUGCCGAGGGUGCAUUGUUUACUGAGGCGGAGGCAGACGUUACUCUUGAAGAGUUUGGAGAUAGGCUUCAUCCACCAUUUCCUUGUAUUGAAGAGCUCCUUUACGAUAUCCCUGGCUCCAAUGGCAUUCUUGACGCGCCGUUGCUAUUGAUUCAGGUGACUCGUCUUUCAUGCGGAGGUUUUAUCUUCGCUUCACGAAUGAAUCAUACCAUGUGUGACGGACAAGGAGCUAUGCAGUUCCUGAUCGCACUGGGUGAAAUUGCCCGAUGUGCAUCUCAACCAUCCAUUUUGCCCGUUUGGGAAAGGGAGUUGCUUUUUGCAAGAGACCCGCCACAUGUAAAUUUUACUGAUCACCCCGAGUACAAGGAAAAACCCAACUCCAAACACCCCCAAUUGAAGAUGGAUGAUCAGAUGACCCAAAAAACAUUUCUCUUCAGACCUUCCGAGAUAUCAGCUCUUCGUAGGUUCGUUCCAGAUGAUAUAAAAACUUGUACUACUAAUGAGAUUCUAACCGCUAGUAUAUGGCGUUGCCGUACCAUUGCCUUAGAACCUAAUCCAGAACAAGAGAUGCGUUUCAUGUUCCCCGUGAAUGCACGUGCUAAGUUAAACCCUCCUUUGCCAAUAGGAUACUACGGAAACUGUGUGGUUCAUCCAUUAGUGAGGUCAACAGCUCGAGACCUGUCGACCAAACCAUUAGCCCAUGCAUUGAGACUUGUUAUGAGUGCCAAAUCUAUUGUGACCGAAGAGUUUGUCAGGUCAACGGUUGACCUAUUGGCUAUUAGAAGGUGGACGUCUUUAAACUUUGAAUCGACGUAUGCAAUCUCAAACCUGACUAGAGUUGGAUUCAAUGAAAUAAAUUUCGGGUGGGGAAAAGCAACUUAUGCAGGGCCUGCUUUUGGGGGAUUUGCUUUCAACCCAGAAAUCUUUAGUUACUUGGUGUCUUCUACAAACAGCAAAGGCGAAUCGGGAAUCAUGAUAUCGUUAUCCCUACCAAAAGCAGCAAUGGAGAAAUUCAUGAAAGAACUCAAUAAAAUGUUGAUAUAUGUCCAAUAACGUACUAGCUAGAAGCUCUUCCAAACCUUAAUUAGCCCUUUUUAUUUUAAAAAAAAAAAAAACUCAUCAAUCAUUCCAAUAUAUUGUUUUGCAUAUCUGUUUUUGUGAUAUUGUAUACAUUGUCUAAAUUACCAAACAA